GUUACCUACCACGUAUUGAAUUAUCAUCUUGUAACUAAAUUUGUUCCAUUCUAAUCAAACAUUUACAGCCAAACCCACUCGUAGAUAUUGCUGAAUGCUUUCACAUGACUGACGAUUUAUUGCAUGUCUUAUAACAACUGAAUUAUUACAGAAUCUAAUGCACUCAGUUCGAUCGAUAGCUUUCUGGAGAAGCUUUCCGGCUAGGUGGUCGAGAUGGAAUAGUGCAGUUAUUUAAACUUUCUCGGUAGCUAUUUUUAGUCAGUACUGUCCUAACUUUCAUAACUCCCAUAUCUGUUACAACCAUCUACAACAACAAAAUGUCCAAAAAGUUCACGGUAAUUAAAUUCUCUGAUAUAUCAACUUAUGGAAGAAAUCCGUAUAAAUGUGUUCCGAGUUGGUGGAUUGUCAAACGAAAUGUAGCUUAUGUGACAGUGCCGUAUCCGCCUAGGACUGAGAUAGUCCGUUCCUUUAAAAAUAUCAUUAAUUGUGAACCACCUUUACAUGGCUGGAAUGAAUAUUGUGGGACCUUUGAAUACGUAACAGAUUCUUACGCUGACGGACUGAUGUUCAUAAAGAAUCAAGACCCUGAUUGUAUUCCUGAGGAAUUGGUAUUCGUAAGUUACCUGACUGGUAACAUAUUGUCACCAACAAGAAAAUCUAAUGCAUUGAUAACGUUCCUAUCCAAAAUGUGGCUGAGAUUUUGUAGACCUUUUAAAAAAUAAACACUCUAUUUUUAUAUAACCUUAGAUUUUUAUUGAAUUAUACAUUUUAAGCUCUCAAAAAUAACAAUCAUCAAGAACUUCAAAGGCUGAAUCGUGUUUAUCUCUCUAGCUCAAAUUUUUAUCCUCAGCAGAAUACUUACCCCAUAGCAAUAACAUUAACCGUGAACGCGGCUGAUUAUGAAAUCUUGCGCCAACACAAACAUUCUAACAUACGGUUUGGAUUAGCAGUUUUAAUUUAAAAUUUAUCGAUAACGAGGUAUUUAACUCUAUACCACGAAUGCGUAAACAAUAUUUGAUAAACAAACUGUAAAAAUAGCUAAUCGCUAAUUUUUACUGGUAGCAAUAGUUUGAAAACAACACACAAAGUAAAAUAUUCAUAGCCAAACCAAACAAACUUCGAUUUGCAUUUAUUGAUGGUCUUGACCUAUCCUAUUUAUUUAACUUUGUUCUAGAUCACGCAAGUGUCACGUUCGUAGUAUGACGAUCACUUAUUACGAUUCAGAGAUGAGUCAGCUCGGUCAUUUACAU